AUUUGCCGUAGCGGAGCGACGGAGUAAAAACAGACAAAACCUGCAAACCGCAGCGCGGAUUAAAGACCGGCCCCGGCCUUAUGGAGGCGGCGGGCAAACCGUCUGUGGACAGCAGGUCUCUGGGAGUGGGGCUGUCUUUGGUGGGCGGGAUGGAGUCCAGCACGCCCAGUUCAGGAAAGCGCAUCCGCAAGCCUUCGCUUCUCUUUGAGGGUUUCGAGGGUCCGGCUCUGCCACACGCCCCUGCACCGGGACCGGCACUUCCACAGCAACCUCCCGUCAAGGACCCCAGCCGGCAGGGCAGGAUGACCAACCAGCUCCGUUACCUCCAGAAGGUCGUGGUGAAGGCCCUCUGGCGCCAUCAUUUUGCCUGGCCCUUCCAUGAGCCUGUGGACGCAGCCCGACUCAACCUGCCAGACUACCAUAAGAUCAUCAAACAGCCCAUGGAUAUGGGCACCAUCAAGAAACGACUGGAGAACAACUACUAUCGCAACGCCAGCGAGUGCAUUCAGGAUUUUAACACAAUGUUCACCAACUGCUACAUCUACAACAAGCCUACUGAUGACAUAGUGCUCAUGGCCCAAUCUCUGGAGAAAGUUUUUCUGCAGAAGGUUGCACAGAUGCCCCCGCAGGAGAUAGAGUUACCGCCUCCAGCCCCGAGAAGUAGAGGAGUUAAGGCUGGGAAAAGCCGGAGAGGCCGAGGAGGAAGCGUCACUGUAGCCCAGCAAGUCCAAGCUAUCUCGCAGUCUGCCUACUCACCGUCCUCUCCAGACACUCCAGACUCCAGCUUUUCCGGGUCUCCUCAUAUGAUGCUCAGCAAACCUGCCCCGCCUCCGACCCUCAUGACUUUGCCUCCCACACAGCCCACUGCUAAGAAAAAAGGGGUGAAACGCAAAGCGGACACCACCACCCCCACCACCAUGGGCUUUCCUAUGGCAUCUGUUGGGCGUGUCGGGGGCAUGGGUAAAGGCCGUGGGGGCGCAGCCGGAGGUCUGCCCAUAUCCCUCUCGCCCAUGCCCCUGGACUGCGUGCCCAGCCUGGUGCGGGGGGUAGGGACAAAUGAGCCUGUUCACCUGCAGCCCGUCAUGGGCCGAGCCCUGAACCGCCGGCCCAUCAAACCUCCACGUAAGGACCUGCCGGAUUCGGUGCGCCCCAGUCAGCCAUCACGGCGAGGAAAACUGAGCCGGCAGCUGCGUUACUGCAGCGGCAUCCUCAAAGAGCUACUGUCCAAGAAACAUGCCGGCUACGCAUGGCCCUUCUACAAACCUGUGGACGCAUCAGUGCUUGGCCUGCAUGACUACCACCACAUCAUCAAACACCCCAUGGACCUCAGCACCAUCAAGAGGAAGAUCGAUGAGCGGGAAUACAGGGAUGCACAGGAGUUCAGUGCUGAUGUCCGACUCAUGUUCUCCAACUGCUACAAGUACAACCCCCCAGAGCAUGAUGUGGUUGCCAUGGCGCGCAAACUACAGGAUGUGUUCGAGUUCCGUUUCGCUAAGAUGCCGGAUGAAGUUCUGGAAGAUGAGGAAGAAGAUUUGGUUCCUGCAUCUUUAGGCCAUAACAUGGGCAUUAUGGGAAUGCACCACUCCUCCUCAUCUUCAUCUUCCUCAUCGUCCUCGUCAUCAUCCUCAUCAUCAUCGCCUUCCUCUUCAUCAGAGAGCGAACCAACCAGCGAGAGUGAGGCAAACAGCGAGAGCAGCCCGAGCUCGGACAGUGAAGAGGAGAGAGCCCAGCGCCUGGCCCAGUUGCAGGACCAGGUGUGCACUCAGUUAAGGGCGGUGCAUGAGCAGCUGGCAGCACUGUCGUCUGCUCCCAUAGUCAAGCCCAAGAGGAAGCGAGAGAAGAAGAAGGAUAAGAAGAAGAAGAAAAAGCAAGAGAAGCGCAAGGGCAGCCGGAGUGUGCCGAGCAAUGAGAGAGAGAGGGAGAAAACAACCAAACCCACCAAAAGCAAGUCCAGCAGGGCGGCGCCCUCGUCCACUCAGAGCAAAAGAUGCCCCACCAAGAAGAACAGCAAGAGCAACAAGACCACCAAGAAAUCCUCUGCUGCAGUGCCUCGUUUCACUGCAGCCACGGCCACUGUAUCUCAUUACGACUCAGAGGAGGAAGAGGAUGUUCUGCCCAUGAGCUAUGAUGCCAAACGGCAGCUCAGCCUGGACAUCAACAAGCUCCCGGGUGAAAAGCUGGGUCGUGUUGUUCACAUCAUUCAGUCCCGUGAGCCAUCACUGCGUGAUACAAACCCCGAGGAGAUCGAGAUCGACUUUGAAACUCUGAAACCAUCCACGCUGCGUGAGUUGGAGCGAUACGUCAUGACCUGUCUGCGCAAAAAGCCAAGGAAACCCUACGUGGCGAAGAAGGCUGGUGGUGGGAAGUCUCGUGAAGAGCUGGCUUUAGAGAAGAGAAGGGAGCUAGAAAGGAGGCUUCAGGAUGUUAGCGGCCAACUCAAUUCUGUCAAGAAACCCCAGAAACCCAAAGUGGAGAAAUCCAGCAGUGUGGAGCAGCAUGCAGUGCCCGCUCGACUCAGCGCCAGCAGCUCCAGCUCUGACUCCUCUUCAUCAUCAUCCUCUUCAUCCUCCUCCUCCUCAGACACCAGUGACUCUGACUCAAGGUGAUCAGUCACACAGAAAGAGAGUAAACUUGGCCUUAUGGGAGCUCCAGGUCCUGCAGGCUGAACUGUGGAAAAUUCUGGCACAGUAGGCCCUUGUAUGCCUUUGGAGGGUGAUCCAGAGAUGGAGGGAUAGAAAAAGGAAAAAGAGAGGAGGGAAGAGACAUUCCACUUCAUUAAAUUUUUCCACAGUAGACACAGUGAUGUAAUGGCUGCAGAUCCCUGAAAACAAUGUGUUUUUGUGAUUCGUUUGUAAAAAAAACAAAAAAGCAACAAACUUGUACAUAAUGUAUUGGAUUAAUUUUUUCUUUUAUAAAGAAGACUUUUAUAAAAACGCCCAUAGUGGGAGACUUUAAAUGGGAUUACAUGGACAUAGAAGCUGCGCUGCUGUCUUUAGUUGGUAAUAUGAAAGUUGUUUUUGUUUGCAUUCUGUGUGGAUUUAGCGCUUUGUUUGAAAUCCUGUUCCCUCUGAACCCCAGUGUUUGAGGCUUAGUCUGAGUGGAGUUCCUGAAAGCUUACCUCUGAAGCCAGCAAAGCAGUGAUAACUGUAAUGUCCUUUAAAGGAGUUUUCCAGAGCUUUUAAAUCUAAUCUAUAUCUGCUACAUCGAUAUUGUGUCAUUGAUCACCACAUGUAGGUCCCUGUACUGUAAAAGAACAGGAAAAAAAAAAGUAUUCACAUAGAAGGCAGAGCUGGGCGAUAUGGUGAAAAUUUAAUAUCACAAUGCUUUAAGAAUGUUUCACGAUACGCGUCAUUAUCUUCAUAUGUUUAUUGGUUUAUUUUAUCUGAAAUCUGAUAAGUAGGAACAGACAAAGUAGUGCUGCAUUUAAAAUACUGUCUAAAACUAUGAAUCCAGUAUUUUUUUAACAUCUCACAUACUGUGCUGCACUACAUCUAGUUAAACAGGACCAUUAUGCGCUCUGUAAUCAAACAUGCACUUGAAAGGUGUUUAAGUACUGGCCGUUUCCACGAUAUGCUCAGAAAAGCUUAUGUAAUUUAUCAUGAUAACGAUAAAUAUUGUCAUAUUGCCAAGCCCUAGUAGAAGGUAUUGGGCAGUUGCUGAUUUCCAUUAAUAAACAUUUUAAAUGCAUGACUGUGUAACACAAAUUUGUUAAUGGUUAUUAGCUGUUUAAGUCGUACGAUGAGACAGACAUAAGAGAAAAGCUGCUUUUCUGACAUUUUAUCCAUUUUUGAACAUUGGAACAACACAGUGGAAAGUAGUUCCAGUUACUUUUGCUUUCCAUAUGGUUUUGUGGUAUCUGCAGUGAUCAGGCAAGGAGCUUUAUGCUGAUAAUAAACCACCUGGCAAAAUGACAUCUUUGAUGGGGAUAAUUAUGCAGGUUUAUAGCUUAAAAAUACACAUUUCGCAUAAACAUUUGUUUACAAAAUUCAGCACCUGCCCACUAGUUUCUAUUAUAAGCCUGUUUUGAGUCAGUAGGUAUUUUCUGAAGACAGGGACGUUUAAAAAUGCUGGUACACUACAGACUUUGUAGUACAGAUUAGGCUGAAAAACGCUGGAGUGUUCCUUUUAUUCCUUUUAAGACUGGGUGCUUCUUGAGGUGAGCAGUUUGGAGGCUGUACAAAGAGAAUAUGUGCUUUAAAUCUGAACCAGUAAGCAAGAGAUUCCACUGAAUAUCUGAAUGUGGAAGAAAGCUCAUGGCCUUGUGCUCGUUUGCCGACUCUGCUCAGUCAGAGUUUGAUUUUCUUGAAUUUCUUUUAGUGUGUAAUGACCAACCAAAGGGAGAAAUAGCUGUUCUAAAACUUGGAUGGUUCAAAAUAGCCAGUCUUCGGUGUUCCAGUUAGUGUGCUGCAGCUAUUGCAGUGACCAGUAGUGUGUUUAAAAAAAAAAUAGAUCACUUAAUUUCUUUUGUUCCUUUUUUAUGUGUUGAAGUUCAUUUGUUUGAUUGUUUUUACUUCAUCAAAUAUGAAUGUGACCUCCCAAGUUUUGGACCUUUCAAAAGAUCGGCCUCGAGCCAAAGUUCAUUACAUUUAUCCAUUAAUUUCCUUCCCUUACGCAGUAGACAAAUGAGGUGCGUCCAUCCAUAAUUUCCAGUGAGGCCCACAUUAUCAGUGCAGGCUGGAAUGACCUCAGUUGUGUAAUGCUGACUGUGUCUGUGCUAGCUGUCGUUCAAUAUUAGCAAUAGUUUUUUGGGUGAAGUACUGCUUUAAGGGGUGGAUCCAAAACUUGAGUAUUUCCAAAAGGGAAAUGGCAUGAUGUACAACUAUAACAUUGUCAGAUGGGCUUUUUUAAGUUGGUUUGGUGCUUUUGGGGAGGGAAAAAAAAACAGCUAGUGCAUUAAAAGCAACAGCGUGAUCUUUUAUUAUCUAUUCACUGUAUAUAAUGUCAGCUGAACGUGAUUCUACUUUUUCUUUCUGCUUUGUUUGUAAGAAAUGUCUUUUUUGCCCCCAGUGUAAAGGAUAUCACCAGUUUCUUGUGACCCUUGUAAGCUGCACAGAUGCAACAUUCCGUUACUGCUAUAUUUAUAUUAUACCCUUUGAAUUGUUUGGUUUUACUUGGGUGCAAAUACACAUAUACCAACUUCA